AUGAACCAGACUGCAAACACCUAUGUAACUUACAAACCGAGGGCUAUGGUAGCAGACAUACUGGGCUAUUUUCGAAGAUCCCUAAUGAGCAAGAACACCAUUACACGCCACAGAAUAGUUGAGUCACCCCUAUCUUCCACAAUCCCCAUCUCGGAAUCGUAUACGACCAGACCAACGAUAGCUAUGAUACAAUGUCGCGCGCACCAACGACUUUAUCUGACGAGUCUUUGCACCUUCAAUCUCUUUACUGGAGUUACGUCCUUCGUUGGUUCCUACCGACCCAUGUCUGGAAUGUCGGUCAGGGAUGUGAGCCCACACUCAACUCGAGCGACUACCAGCCGUUGUGGGACACUGGGACUGUGUGUCCGGCUGGACCAGGGUCCGCCAUUUCCAGGCACAGCCAAGAUGCAAAGAAGGGGUGCGCCCGUCAUCCCCGGACAGGGGUGCUUCAUACAGCACAAGUAUUCAAAAAGACUAAUUGAGACGACAUCACCGGCAAGGAGUUCCGCUUCCACGGUGGUUCGUGGGAGAACUUUGCGCGUAAAGACCUACAGAUAG